CUGAAUGGUUUUUUUUUUUACCUUCUCUCUCUCUCUGUUUCCCAAAGCAGCUGUUUUGAUCUCGAUCUCGGGUGAAUGACGGAACACUGACACAUCCACGGAGAAACUCUCAGCGGGGUUUCUGAACCAAGAGUGUCCGUCUCACUGCGCGCACCGGCCGGACUCUGGGAAUGACAUUUGGUGCCUCCAGCAGGAUGGAGUGGCUGUUCCAGCGAUACCACAAAGAGGCUGUCUUCCACAACACCUUUCGGUCGGUGCUGCUCAUGUCAUGUUUGGUCCUGGUCCUGGCCGUGUCCUUGUAUCCUGGGCUGUGGUCCAUUGGGGUCAGAGUUCAUUCAGUCUUCACAGGGAGCUACGUACCAGGCCACCACUCCGUUCUUCUCAUCAACAGUCCCAACGAACAGACAGCCAAGGACAUCGGCAGGGCGAUCAUGGAGAGGCGGCUGGCAGGCAGCAUUAACAUUCUCUCCAGGACCCUCACAAUGUACUAUUGGAAAGGAGAACUCCAGGAUACCAGUGAAGUUCUGAUGCUGGUGAAAACAAAGACCUCCAGGACUCAGCAAGUCAUAGACUAUGUGAGAUGCAACCCCCCCAGGACAGCAGCAACGACUAACAGUGUCGUAUUCUGGAUAAGUAUGGACUGACUCUGCAUGUGAUGGAGCUCACACGCAACAAGGGGGCACGCUCAGGACUUAAUCAUCUGCAAGGCUCUUAUUUGCACUUUUCUGUGGUUUGGGUGAUUUUGGAUUUUGCCCUUUACGUUCUUUCACACUCUAUCGCAGUGCACAAAAGUUCAAGCAGUUAAUCGCGAAACAGUCUAUCACUUGAAACACCAGUUAAUUAAUAAUUUGUUCGAAAUAUAUAAAGAAAGUGUCAAAUAAUUAUAGUAAUGACAUCUAUUAAGAGAGACUUUACAUUUAUAAUUUAGAACCGAGAAUCCAAAGGCAGUCCUCCUUCUCCUACAUGACUGCCAAAAGCAAUUAUAAUGCACGUGCCAUACUUGAUGUGUUGACUGGCUGACAACCCGUAUCAGCAGCCCCUGGAUUUUUCUAUUAUGCAAUGAAUGCCUCCUUCUUCACUGACAACACAGAAAAUGAGACAAGCUGUCAGGUCCUCCACAUCAGGUGUAGCGUAUGUAUUGACCUUGCGUGCCCUUAAGACAAACUCAAUUAGCAUGACGCAAUUUGAUCACGUCAACGAUAGAAACUUGGAGGACAUUGUGCAACAUUUGAGAUCCUCCUCCUGCACUUGUCUGCUCUCAGGCUAUUUUCCGCAGCGCCCUGCAGUUAUUUAUUCACUCUAAAUAAAACACAGUUUAAAACCUCGCUAAUGAGCAAUUAUAAGCCUUUUUCAAUUCUUCUAUUUUUAAGUUGCUUUUUCAACUGCUUAACACCUUCCUUGUACUAAACAAUUGUAUUGAUGUUUUUCUGGAUGGAUGUCUCGAAUGACAUCCAAUUAAACGCAGGGAGUGGGAAAGUUUCAGUCAUUUGACCUCAGUGGUGACCUCCACAUAUUGCUAGACUGUUAAACUAAGUGGGACUUAUAUACAGAUAAUGAUCAGGCCUCAUCUGUUCAACAUCUGCAUGCUCCCACUAGCGCAGUUUAUUCUACACAACAAACUUUUUUUUACCAUAAUAAUAGAGAGGACACACAGAUUUAAAUAAAGAAAUCACCAGGUGACUA